CGAGGCUGGAUUCCACUCCACAUUUUGUGUCCCGCUUUGCCUCGCCAGUAUAUGUAACGUGCCCACGGAGCGCACCCCUCCACACAGCGUCUCCAGCUCAGCUCAGCUCAGGCAGCCAGCAGCGGCUCCAGUCUGCGGAGCGAAGUUGAGUCAGCGCGCAACGCGGGGAGAGAGACGCACCGCCCGGAUUCAUGUGGCACCUCUUCUCUCUUCUGCGGCGCCGGGGGGACUUUAUUUUCUUUUCUUUUUUCACUUCGCUCUGCUUUGGGGAAAUGUGUUGGUAGACACGAACAGCUGAGUUGCAACCAUUUUUUUUUAAUGUUAAUUUUUUUUAAAAUUAUCAUUAUAGUUUUGUUUUAAGUACCUGCGGAUCCGCCGCAGGGGAGUUUUUGCGAGCCGGGAUACCGCAGAGACCCCUCAACAGUAAAAGGACCCCUCUCAGAAGUGAACAAUGCUGAGACUAGAGACCAUCAUUUGCACUUUUUCCGUGCUGUCUGUGGCGGCGAGGGCAGAUUUUAAGGCGCGGAAUUGCAGCGAGGUGAGGGAGGCUUGUACCGCGAGGGGCUUCAGCUUCGCACAUGUCCCUCUUCAGGAGAUCCCAGGUGAACACCUCCGGGUAUGUCCUCAGGGACACACAUGUUGCACCCAGGAAAUGGAGGACAAAUUUGGUCAACAGAGUAAACAGGACUUUGAGAGUCUUGUUGAUGAAAUGAGUCACGAACUGAGAAGCACUUUUGUUUCCAGACAUAAAAGAUUUGACGAAUUCUUCCUGGAGCUACUGGAGAACACAGAGAGGUCCCUGCACGAGAUGUUUGUGAGGACUUACGGCAAGCCUUACAUGCAGAACUCGGCGGUCUUCGAGAACCUAUUCGCCGAGCUGAAGCGCUAUUACACAGGGGGGAACGUUAACCUGGAGGAAAUGCUUAAUGACUUCUGGUCGCGGCUGCUGGAGCGCAUGUUCACACUGCUCAACUCCCAGUACGUCAUCACUGAGGACUAUCUGGAGUGUAUCAGCAAGUACACCGAGGAGCUUAAGCCCUUUGGAGACGUGCCCAGGAAGCUCAAGGCUCAGGUUACCAGGGCAUUCAUCGCUGCACGCACAUUUGUCCAAGGGCUGUCCGUCGGCCGGGAGGUGGCCCAGAGAGUGUCAAAGGUGAGCAGUACCCCGCCAUGCAUCCGAGCGCUGACCAAGAUGAUGUACUGCCCCUACUGUCAGGGCAUGCCAGCAGUUAAAUCCUGUAAGAACUACUGCCUGAAUGUCAUGAAGGGCUGUCUGGCUAAUCAAGCUGAUCUGGAUCCAGAGUGGAACCUGUACAUUGACGCCAUGCUGAUGGUGGCACAGAGGCUGGAGGGACCUUUCAACAUUGAAUCUGUCAUGGAGCCUAUUGAUGUCAAGAUCUCAGAGGCCAUCAUGAAUAUGCAAGAUAACAGUGCCCAGGUCUCCUACAGGGUUUUUCAAGGCUGCGGCCAGCCGAAGCCCGCAGGAAUGACUAGGUCUACCCGCGGCGUUUCGGAUGUGUUCAACGCUCGCUUCAGGCCGUACAGCCCAGAGGAGCGGCCUACCACUGCAGCUGGCACAAGCCUAGACAGACUGAGGAUUGUUUGGAAUGCAAUGCAACACAGUGUUGUGGACAUAAAAGAGAAACUGAAGCUGUCGAAAAAAUUUUGGUCAAACCUGCCCGAGGCGAUGUGCGUGGAGGACAGAGUGACCGCUGGAAAUGCCAGCGAUGACGAGUGCUGGAAUGGCCACACCAAGGGCAGGUACUUUUCAGAAGUUCAAAAGGACGGCCUGACCAACCAGGUGAAUAACCCCGAGGUGCUCGUGGACAUCACCCGCCCAGACACCUUAAUACGCCAGCAGAUCAUGGCCUUGAGGGUGAUGACCAACAAGCUGAAAAAUGCCUACAACGGCAAUGAUAUCUACUUUCAAGACUCAAGCGAUGAAGGCAGCGGCGGCUCAGGCAGCGGCAGUGGCUGCACAGAGGUCUGCCCCACAGACAUGGAGGAGGGUGCUGCCAGCGAAGCCCCGGUGGUGGAAGCCGACCGGAGUGGGCCUGUAGGUGACUCUGCCCUGCUCCAUGCACCCUCUGUAGCUCUGCCAACCAUGCUGGCCCUCUCAGUCCUGGCACUCCACCGACAAUGGAGAUAAUGCUGGAGGAACUGGCUAAACAUGGACAGCAGGGUUCUCCUUUUUUUUUUUUUUCUUUUUUUUCUUUUUUUGCAGUUUUUGUAUUCAGGCAGAUUGGAGCUACUGUCAAGCAGGCAGUAUUCAGGCUGCCAGCCUCGGGGCGAGAGGAGUCUGCUCUGAAAAAGAGAGCAGUCAUGCAUCGUGAUUUCCCACUUUCCCAAAGAUCGUGCAGUGCCAUCCUUUGACUUGAUAUUUUGCGGCGUCGCUUCACCACCUAACACUGACGCCGACCCAACAAACUCUGUUUCAGAGAUUUCUUGCACAUAUGGCAGGUAUUAAUGUAGGUCUCCAUGUGGAAAAAAAUAUAACACGCACUUUGAUUGUUUUGAUUUUUUUAAUGCAAAAAUUGUUUGUGUGUUGGAAAAAAUGUUGAGAAUGUGGUUAUUUGACUCACCUAAAAGAGGCACAGUAAGAUUAAUAUAUGUUCUAUUUUGAAACAAAAACAAAAGAUAGAAAAAAUUCAGGAACAUGUGACUUCCGCUGAAAAUUUUUAAUUGAAUCCUCGUUCCAUUGUCAUUAACUCAUGUGCCAAUUGUUGAUUUUUGAUGCGGAGCGAUUGAAUAUUUAUCAAAGUUGUCAUAAAUCCAAACUUAUUUUGACAGCACCUGAAUCAUGUUGCUUAGUCUUGUGUUUCACGAGAAGUUCAGUCAUGAAGUUUGCCAUAGGUUCAAUACAUCAUGAGUUGGUCCUUUAUCUGCUCUGCUCUUAGCUAUCAUAUAUCAUUCAGAAAACAACAGUCGCCUUGUGCUAAAAGUCACACUUUGUUAAAAGGGAUAAGGUUGGCAUUUUUUACGUAAUCACUUGCCUUGCAACCGUUUUAUUAUCUGCAAAAUAUUCUCAUAUCGUGCUGGUUUCCUCAGGCUUGGCUUCAGGAGGGGACUUCCUGGACAGAAUUCAUAGAGAGCAAUUAUUGACAAACAAAUAUACUGCAAUGCCAUCAUAGUGAUGCUGGUUCUGUAGUGCUCUGGGCUGCUAAACAAACGCUAAUCCUUGCUAAUAUAUAGAUAUCGAUCGAUAAUAUAUUUUGGUUUUGUUUUGUAUCAGAAGGGUUCAUGUUUUCAUUAAGUGAGGUGUUAAACAGUCAGUUUCAGUUUAACCUUUUUAUAGCAUCAAUGCAAAGGCAGACAGCCCAGAAAUACGCAAAUCACUAAAUCUCAACCCAAUCUCUAAAAGAUGUCUGAAUUGUGCUUAAAGGUGCAAUAUGUAAGAACUGGCCAUAUACCAAACAAAUAGGGGGCAGCAGAUUACCUGAGCAGCUGCCAACUGCUGCUAACUGUAGCUGCCGCUAGCCAGUGAGCUCAAUUAUCUCUAUUAUCUAUAACUGUGCAGCUAGCGGUCGUAUUAGCUGGGGGGAGUGUGGGUGUUGUUUCCUAACGGACUACCGGCCUACAAACCGGCGCAAGUUGGUUAGCAUGCUAACUUCAACUAGUUAUCGCUGCAACAAAAUACAGAGACAUCUUUGACACAACGAUUUUUUUUAUUUUAGUUAUUUUUUGCAUGGAAAAAUGAUCUUAAAUAUUGCACCUUUAACGUCUUAUAAAGGAAGAUCAUGACUUUGCUUAUGCACAUUACAGUAUGAAGGGCACACCCCAUUCGAUACAGAAUCACCAUCACAGAAGGAAGUCUUGUGCAUUGAUAAACUUUAUUUAAUUUUCAGUAAUUGGGGCCUAUAAAGUUUUCUUCUGCAUUCUCUGAAUAUUAUUCCAGAAAUAUUUCUACAAAUAUUAAACACUUUUAGAAGUUCCAGGAAUUCUGUCUUUGCAUAAAUCCACUUUUGCAUAAGUGUUUGAAUAACCAAAGGUUAUCCUUUAAUUGCUUUCAUGGUUUGGAUUAAAAAGUCGUUAAAAUUUGCAUUGUACUGCUUGAAAAGCUACCAAACAGAAAUACUGACAGUUCAAAAGUCAAGUUGCUAUUUCUGAAUGUUUUAUUACGGCGGUCGUGUUAUGGAGGUGAAGGAUUUAUUAAGAGAGGAAGUAGCAAACAGCACAUGGUGGUUACUGGAAAUGCAAAGAAAAGGGCCCCUAAAUUUAUCUGUAAAGCUCGAAUGGUUAUGUCUGCAGCACAGACAGGCUUGAAGCCGACCACAGUCACCUGUGAAAUGAGAAUCUGUGGAGACCGGACAGGGCUGAAUGCUUCGGUGAGGCUCCUCAGUAGAGCGUACUUACAGAGAAUGUGAGAGGCCUGGCACUGCUGAGGGGGGCGGACAAAACCAGCCUGUAUGUACGUCCACUGUUCUCUGAGAGCCCGUCAGCUCCAUAACCACCAGGCCAGUUAAGCUUACAUAGCCAAGGAAUUAACCAGUGUUAUGCCCUUAGCAGUAUAUCGGUGAAUAUGUGUUCGGCUUUUUUCAUUAUUGCAUUUAUGUCCGCAUUUGCAUCCACACUGCAAGAAGAAAAAUGUACACAAAAUAUGCUGUUUAAAGGGAUUCUUUAUUAUGAAUAGUGAUCUGACAGAAUGCCCUUUUUAUGUUUUGUAUCAUUGAACUUUUAAUGGUAAUAUUUUUGCAAUAAAAUGUCGAAAAACGGAUGUCUGGUCGGACAAAUUAUCUGAAAAAUAGAAUUAGCCGGAAAAUACUCAACAUUUUUUUACGAUCAAUGCAUCGCUGUAUGAAGUCGAGUGCUAAUGAGGUGACGUUUGUUCAGAGUUUGAAUUUUCAGACCGAGAGGGGUGAAGAACUAGCUGAGAGAAUAUGCCUUAUUGUUUUUCAGUGCAAUUAAGACAAUUGACGAUUUGUGUUUUGUUACUGUUCUUGAGAAUAAAUAUUUAUUAAAAAGAUUCCAAUAGA